AUGUACGAUCAGCUGCUGGUGGUGGAACUCUCGGGGAUCAUUGACCCCGAUUUCCUGUUGAAAUGUCAGAACAAGUGCAAAAUUGUGGGCAUUGACACUGACCAGCCCGUCAUACAGGUGGACAGGUGUGUCUUUGCUGGAGAGUACGAAGACGUGCUGGGAACCUGCAUUAUAUUUGAAGAGGAUUCGGAGCACGAUCCCGAGGCGGAGGAUAAACCGCUGCUGAAGUACAAAUGCCACACGGCGAAGAAGCUGCUGAUGAAGCGAACGUUCCUCAGUGACAAGGAGGGAGACGAGAGCGCAGGAGGUGUGGAGUAUUUGAAGCUUAACGAUAACGAAUUCACGCGGAGGGCCGGACUGAUCUGCAACUUCCUCACAAGCCGAAAGAGGGGUGAGGGGAGCGGACAUGGUGUGCAGGGAGGCCACGGUUCAUCCCCCACACGGUGUAGGAAAACCUCCAACCAGGAUUCGGGGUCCGAAGACGAGGCCAACGGCAGCGAGCACAGUGAGGUGGGCAGCCUCACACCGGAGACCCCUGGAGACGCCGUGGCUCUCGACGUCUCUGAACACUGAGGGACUGUGAGGAUGGAGGAGCUCGCAGAGCAGGGUGUGAUCUCCGGCUCCUGUUCGUUUCUUUAUUGAUUUUUUACAUCUUUUCCAAGUAACUUUUCACCUAUUUUCUCCUUCCUUGGCAUCGUAUAAUACUGCGCAGCCUGUGGUUCAGGUAUGUCAAAUUUGUGGAGUCCUGUAGCUCAGCGGUCAGAGCACUUGCCUCGCAAGCGGAGAGGAUCUGGGUUCAGUUCCUGAACAGGGUGAGACAUUAGGCAAGAUUCCUUACCCCACACGCCUCUGAUUACCUCGCAGCAAAUAGAAACCCGGUUGUUAGUCGAUUGGGAGAUUGCUUUUCUGGGACUAAUGAUUUCUCCACAAAGAAAAGCUCAAUCCACGUGUUUGUAGGACGCUGCUGUGCGCUAUCGGCUGCCAUGUGUCUCCCAGAAAAUAUACGGUCAAUUCACUUUACAGUAUAUCCUGUGAAGCGCAUGAGGACGCCCUUCUGGGGUGAAAGGUGCUGAACCAAAUCAUGGGUUAUUUUACUAUUUCUAUUAUUUACAGUUUGUAGGACCUGGCGAUGUGCAAACUGCCUCCGAACACACAGUCAAUUGAUGGCAAUUUCCUGUGAAGCUCUUUGUAAGGGUUAAUGUCAUUCUGUGCCCUUUCCUGCCGGACAUUCGCUGAAAGUGCAAACUCCUUACCAGUUCCUGGGUCAACCCCACUCGGAUUGCCAUGAGAUCCAUAAAAACCUGCGAGAAAAGUAUGUUUAUUUAAAAUUAUCUUUUUUGAACGUUUCACAAUAAAAAGAUCUAUAAAUAA